CCGACUAAUUUGUCUUCGCAACCACCAACUAAUUUUUCAUCACAUCUACCAACUAGUUAUUCCUCUUAUCCACCACAUAGUUUUUUGUCACAACUACCAAAUAAUUUUUCAUCACAAUCACCAAAGUUUUUAUCGCAACCACCAACUAAACUUACUUCACAACCACCAAUUAAUUCUCUACAACCUCAACCCAAUUUUUCUUCACAACUUCCAACUAAUCCUUCGUCUCAAUCACUACCUAAAUUUUCAAUGCAACCAUCAACUAAGUUAUCAUCGCAACCACCAACUAAGUUAUCUUCGCAACCAUCAACUAAGCUUUCUUCACAAUCAUCAACUAAGUUAUCUUCACAACCACCAACGAAU